AUGAAGGUAUUUAUCGUAUUAGCUUUCUUUCAACUGGCUUCUUGUGGUCUACUCCCAAACACCUACCUUCCUGCACAGAGAGGGUCAUCGUUUCCUGCACAACCUGCUUAUUCAGGACAAGUUAAUGCGUUUGCAUCUGCUGGUACAUAUUCAAAUUCAGGUCCACAAAUCCCAAUUUUAAGACUAGAUAACAACAACGAAGGAGAGGGAACUUAUCAUUACCAAUACGAAACAGGUAACGGUAUCUCAGCACAAGAACAAGGAGAUGCUAGAGGAGAUGGUACUAAAUCCAACGGUGGUUUCUCGUACACGUCACCCGAAGGUCAACAGAUUCGUCUCACUUACACUGCCGACGAAAACGGUUUCCAUCCAGAAGGUUCUCACUUACCCACACCUCCUCCAAUCCCCGAAGCGAUCUUAAGAUCCAUCCAACAAAAUUUGGCCGAGGAAGCUAGAGGAGUAAGCGAUGAUGGAUCUUACAGAGGUGAUAAUUCCGGAGGAUACAACUUGGGAGGUGGAGGUGCUGGCGCUUUUAGACAGUCUGGAGGAUACAAUGCUGGUGGUUACCAUUACUAG